AUGGCUACACCAAAAGAAGAAGGUGCAAAGGUACCAGCACCUGGGAAAGCUGUUGGUAUUGAUUUGGGAACAACAUAUUCCUGUGUCGGUGUUUGGCAAAACGACAGAGUUGAAAUUAUUGCUAAUGACCAAGGUAAUCGAACGACACCUUCAUACGUUGCUUUCACCGAUACAGAACGUCUUAUUGGUGACGCAGCAAAAAAUCAGGUUGCUAUGAAUCCUUAUAACACCGUGUUUGACGCUAAGCGUCUCAUCGGUCGUAAUUUUAGUGACCAAGAAGUUCAAUCCGAUAUGAAACACUGGCCCUUUAAAGUCAUGGACAAGAGUGGAAAACCAUAUAUUCGAGUCGAAUUUAAAGGAGAAAAUAAAGAUUUCACACCAGAAGAAAUAUCUUCCAUGGUAUUGAUAAAGAUGAAAGAAACCGCAGAGGCUUUCCUCGGAACAAAAGUCAACAAUGCAGUAAUUACGGUUCCAGCAUACUUCAAUGACUCCCAACGUCAAGCCACAAAAGAUGCCGGAAUGAUCGCCGGUUUGAACGUUCUUCGUAUAAUUAAUGAACCAACCGCAGCAGCUAUUGCUUAUGGAUUGGAUAAGAAGGCCGUUGGUGAACGUAACGUUCUUAUCUUUGAUUUGGGUGGUGGUACUUUUGAUGUUUCUCUCUUAACGAUUGAAGAAGGAAUCUUUGAAGUUAAGGCCACUGCUGGUGACACACAUCUUGGUGGUGAAGAUUUCGACAAUCGACUUGUAAAUCACUUUGUACAAGAAUUCAAGCGUAAAUACAAGAAAGAUCUUGCGUCAAAUGCACGUGCUCUCCGUCGAUUACGAACUGCUUGUGAACGGGCAAAACGUGCACUUUCCGCAUCCGCACAAACUAACAUUGAAAUCGAUUCCCUCUUCGAAGGUAUCGAUUUCUAUACAUCUUUGACCCGUGCUAGAUUUGAGGAAUUGAAUCAAGACUUGUUCAGAUCUACAAUGGAACCCGUUGAAAAAGUAUUACGAGAUUCUAAAAUCGACAAAAGUCAAGUUCAUGAAAUUGUUUUAGUCGGUGGUUCAACACGUAUUCCCAAGAUUCAAAAGAUGGUUUCCGAGUUCUUCAAUGGUAAAGAACCAAACAAAUCCAUCAAUCCUGAUGAAGCCGUUGCUUAUGGUGCUGCCGUUCAAGCUGCUAUUUUAACUGGUGAUACUUCUGAAAAGACUCAAGAUUUACUUUUACUCGAUGUCGCUGCCUUAUCUCUCGGUAUUGAAACUGCUGGAGGUGUUAUGACGCCUCUUAUAAAACGUAAUACCACGGUACCUACUAAGAAAUCCGAAAUUUUCUCUACAUAUUCUGAUAAUCAACCCGGAGUACUUAUUCAAGUCUAUGAGGGAGAACGGGCUCGAACAAAAGAUAAUAAUUUACUUGGAAAAUUCGAAUUGACUGGAAUUCCUCCAGCACCAAGAGGUGUUCCACAAAUAGAGGUCGUCUUUGAUAUUGAUGCAAAUGGUAUCUUAAACGUAUCUGCUGUUGAUAAGACAACUGGAAGAUCAAAUAAGAUAACCAUCACGAAUGACAAGGGUCGAUUGUCAAAGGAAGAAAUCGAACGUAUGGUUAACGAAGCCGAGAAAUAUCGUGAAGACGACGAGAAAGUUGCACAAAAGAUUACGGCACGAAAUGGGUUGGAAAGCGGUGCUCCACCAGGCGCUGGAGGGUUCCCACCAGGUGGUUUCCCAGGUGGUGCACCUGGCGCAACUGGAGCCACUGAAGAAAGCGGACCAACAAUUGAAGAAGUCGAUUAA